AUGAUAUACAUCAUUCUUAUGGAACAUUUAACUGACUAUUUUGCCAAUUCCACUAGCUUUACAAAUAAGAUUAAUGAUAUUGAUAAAUUACAUCCUCGAUUUGAUUUGUACAAGAAAGGGAAGCAUACUUUUGAUCAAGAUGAAAGAAGAAAAAUAUUCCUUGAAAAGCAAAAAAACUUACAUUUUGAUUAUUUGUCUCAUGUGAGAUCAUUAGCUUCUAUUAAUUGCAAAAGAAAAAUAUGUUAUACUGAUAAUUCAACUAAUAAUUUUUGGAAUAAAAAUUUAGAUAAAAGAUAUGCCAAUCAGUUAAUGAUAGCUGAAUGGUUGGUUGAAAAGCCUUCUGAUUUUGAAACUAAUUGGUUUAUGAUACCAUGUCCAGUUGGUAAAAGAUGCAUAGUCAUAUCAGCAAAUAACAAAACGCGGUCCUAUGACAAAAAUGGUAUCAUUUUAGGUCGUGCAUUUAAUUCCAUCCUUCCCGGCGGUUCGUCCGUUUGUCCUAGUCAAUCUUUAUAUCACGACAUAGACAUGCCUUGCGAUUUUCCUGAUUCGAGCCAAGAUUCAAGCUUACAUAACUUCCCUAAAUAUUUCGGGAAAAAGAAGGUUGACAUGGCGAAAAAGAAUGAAUGUUGCGUUUUGGAUUGCAUAUGUGAUACCAAGGCUAGAAUCUACUAUGUCUUAGAUGUUAUGGCUUGGGGUGGACAAGUGUUUUAUGGAUGCGAAGCCGAUUUUCGAUGUUUUUGGUUAAACGCCAAGUUUGAUGAACUCUCUCAAGACCCAGAUAUUUACAAGUAUAAAUUUGUCCGCCUCGAAUCCUUUGGUCCGCCACUAAUACCUGCUUUCAUAUCCCGUGAAUUGAGCAAUCACCAAAAAUAUAUCUUCACCAGGCCAGAUCUCGUAACAAACAACCAAAAUCAAAAUUUAUUUCCAAAUACCAACAAAGAUUGUUGUAAGGAUGUAAUGGAGGAACGUAUACAAAAUGGUAAUAGCGUAGAAACUAAAGAGCCCAUACCCCGGAAUUCUCUGAUGGAAUAUGAUAUCGAUAAAAAUAAGCCUAUUAACUUGGACGGCUUACUAUUUUUCCAUAAAGAAUCAUACUAUGCAAUACCUUUGCCAUUGAAAGAUGACGAAAAAUUAUCCGACGACAAAGUAGCAGAGAAUAUGGCUAUCGAUGAUAUGGAAUUAGGAAAUCCUCUUGUUGGAUGGGUAAAAUGUGACCAAGUUGAAAUUUUGAAUAUUAUAAUUGAAUUUAAUGAAUAAUGAUAGCUUAUAUAUUUUUAACGGAAAUUUGAUUUUAUAAAAAUAUGUAAAAUACUUAUAAAUGAACAAAUAUAUUAUUUAUAAUUUACAAGUCUUUGUAAGUCACUAAAAAUACUCAUAAUUUAACC